AUGAAAUGUGCUGUUCGUGACCUUGCUAUAAAGCGAUCCAUCGAAGCAUUAUACACUGGCGGGGUUCUCGAAUGGAGCGCCGAUGGAAGCACUUUGUAUUCUACCUGUACCAAUGUAGUUAAGGCUAUCAACUUGGAUGACAACCUGUCAUGUUACACCAUUGGAGAAGCUGAGGAGAGCUUACGCAUCACAAGCAUUUGCUUGGAUCAUAAUCGUUCGCGACUCCUUGUGGCCUACACUAAUUACGUUAUCCGUGAGUUCGCGCUUGGUGAGUCAUGCGCAACUGUAGCUCGAAUGUGGAAAACGAUGCACACUGCGCCAAUUUUAUCCAUGAAAUUCAACAAAGAUGGUUCUAUGCUAGCGACCGGAUCAGCAGAUCAUACCGUUAAGGUUUGGGAUACGGUACAGCAGCACUGCACCCAUACACUGAAGGGACAUUGCGUAGUUUCUGUUUUGCACUUCAUACAGAGUGGUCGCCUUAUGGUAGGAUAUGUGGAAGGACAAGUAGCCAUGUUUGACCUUGUCAAAGGCGCUACCCAUAAGCUGCUGAGGGAAUGGAAAACCCACAGUAGGUGAGC